CUCUCUCUGUGCAUGGCUAUCAAAAUUGGCAUAAUUCACAUUUUUCUUCUGGUUUCUAUCUUAAUCUCAGGUCUUGGCUUCCAACGAGGAGUCUCAGCACUGGGUAUCAACUACGGUCAAGUUGGAAACAAUCUACCCUCGCCAGGGAAGGUGCUUGCGCUUUUAAGAUCCCUUAGGAUCAGCAAAGCAAGGAUCUAUGACACCAAUCCCCAAGUCCUGACAUCAUUUGCAAACUCGGGCAUCGAUCUCAUGGUGACUGCAGAGAAUGAGAUUCUUGACGUUCUAAUCGAUCCACAUCAGGCCCUCCAAUGGGUGGCUACACGCAUUAGACCUUAUUUUCCUGCAACAAGGAUCAGUGGCAUUGCUGUUGGGAAUGAGGUCUUCACAAGCGAUGAUCCGACAUUAAUGGCGAACUUGGUUCCUGCAAUGAUCAACAUACAUGGAGCACUUGUUCAACUGGGUCUCGACCAAUAUAUCCAGGUCUCAACUGCAAAUUCUCUUGCGGUUCUCGCCAACUCAUACCCACCUUCGGCCGGGAGCUUCCGAGAUGAUCUGGUUGGUGUCAUGAGCCAAUACUUGCAGUUCUUGGCUAGAACAAGAGCACCCUUUUGGAUCAAUGCUUACCCAUACCUUUCUUACAAGGAUGACCCAUUCAGGGUUUCUCUGGACUAUGCGCUUUUCAACCCUAAUCCAGGAAUGGUUGACCCAAACACCAAGCUAAGCUAUGACAACAUGCUCUAUGCACAGGUAGAUGCAGUUGUUUUUGCUGUCUCUAGGAUGGGUUAUGGUGGGUUGGAAAUUAGAGUUUCUGAGACUGGGUGGCCAUCAAAAGGAGAUCCAGAUGAGGUUGGUGCAACUAUGGAAAAUGCUGAGGUUUAUAACAGGAAUUUAUUGAGAAGACAGUUGGGGAAUGAGGGCACCCCUUUGAGACCUAGUCAGAGGCUAGAAGUUUAUUUGUUUGCUUUGUUUAAUGAGGACAUGAAGCCUGGUCCAACAUCAGAGAGGAACUAUGGUCUCUAUCAACCAGAUGGAACCAUGACUUACAAUGUUGGCCUUUCUGCAUUGGCGAGUAGUACUUCAUCAACUUCUUCAGCUACCAUUUCCCUCACUUCCUCUGCAGCUAACACUCGGGCAACAAACAAGGGAUUUGGAAGUUUGGGAUGUUGGAUAUUUGUACAUCUACUCAUGACCUUCCAAGUUUUAAUGAGAAGACCAUUCUCACUCUAGGCAAGGGAAUUGAUGAUGGGAUUUUCUUGUAUAUCUUGUUUUACACUUUAUAGAUGCAAAAUGAUGAGAAUCCAAACUCCAAAUAAUCAGUCAUUCGAGGGGUACAAGUACUGUUCGACAAAAUACCCAAAGGAGAUCUAUAACCCAUUAUUUGUGACAACAUUGUCUUGAUCGAUCAUCAAAUGCGCCAAUUGUCGGUAAAGAUGGGACAGAAACAUGCACACAGCCUAGUGAAUAAGCUAAUGAAGAUUCUCUUAUUUAUCUUAUACGGCAAAAUCGAGAGGUGUGGGAAGGGCCGCAGAACACUGUCCCUAUCUAUUCUGUAAUUAUAUGUCGUUGAGUAAUUUUAUGUUAUUUUUGCUUCAUUGUUAUAGAGAUUAUUAGUGAGGAUAAAGGGUUAUUAUAUAUUUAUUGGAUGAGGAGAAAGCUAUCCACUUUGGGACGUGGA